GGUGAUGACGAGACCAGUGGUGCACUGAUCUGUGCACUGAAAAACACGCUGCUGUGCCAACUGUGCGUUCACUUAGCCUGAUCCACCGGGUAAGACGAGCAGUUUUCCAGAAUGGAGCACAGACCUGAUGCAGAUCUGGAGGAGCUGUGUCCAGUCUGUGGGGAUAAAGUCUCUGGGUACCACUACGGUCUGCUGACCUGUGAAAGCUGCAAGGGCUUUUUCAAAAGAACGGUUCAAAACAACAAGAAGUACAUCUGUGCCGAAAAACAGCAGUGCACAGUCGACAAGUCUUUGAGGAAGCGGUGUCCGUUCUGCAGAUUUCAGAAGUGCCUUCUUGUUGGCAUGCGACUGGAAGCUGUUCGUGUAGAUCGGAUGCGAGGUGGCAGGAACAAAUUUGGCCCGAUGUACAAGCGUGACCGUGCCCUCAAGCAGCAGAGAAAAACCUUGAUGCAAACCAGUGGAUUCAGAAGAGAGCUCAGCUCACCUCUGUGCUCCUCAAGCUACCAGAGAGACUUGGCCUUUACUGGCGACCUCCAACCAGAUCCCUUCCUUCAUAGCAUCCCACUACCCACAGCACAGAAUGACCAGACUGGCCACCAGUGUCCGUCAAUGUGUUCACUUCUGCCCUUCAACCCACUUAGUGCUACCCAGUACCAGUUCACCUCCUUCUCAAACUGGACAAUCAAGUUAGAGCACACCAACAAUUGUGUAAGUCCAUUAGGCUCGGCUGCAGGAAUUUACAUGAACUCAGAUGAGCUAUAUUCAAACACUCCACAAGGUCCCAGGAUUCCUCAGCUAGUCAUGGAGUUCCUGCGCUGUGAUCCAGAUGAGCUACAACUGAGGAAUAAGACCAUAGCUCGUCUUAAGCAGGAGCAGACCGGCUGGAACAAACACAGGAACCCCAGCACCUUCAGCCUGAUGUGCCUCAUGGCUGACCAGACAUUGUUCUCCAUUGUGGAGUGGGCUCGUACAUCCAUCUUCUUCAAACAACUUACGGUGAACGAUCAGAUGAGAUUACUGCACAGCUGCUGGAGUGAACUGUUGCUCCUGGACAUCAUCUCCAGACAAGUCCUGUAUGGCAGAGAGGGCAGUCUGCUCCUGGUCACUGGACAGGAAGUUGAGCUGUCAGACGUAGCCUCUCAUGCUGGUCCUACCUUAGCCAGCCUGAUCCAGAGAGGCCAGGAGCUGGUUGAUAAGCUCAGUAUGCUAAAGGUGGAUCGCCAAGAGUUUGCCUGCAUCAAGUUCCUCAUCCUUUUUGAUCCAGAUGUGAAAGAGCUUGAAGACCAUCGGUUCAUAGAAGGCGUGCAGGAGCAGGUUGAAGAAACCCUGCUGGAGUACACUUUGUGCACCUCUUCUCAGUACUUUGGGCGCUUUGCUCAUCUGCUGCUGUGUCUGUCUGACUUGCGUGCUCUCAGCAGCCUCACUGAAGACUACCUGUACUGCAGAUACCAGAGUGCCGAUGUACCCUGCAGCAGCCUGCUCAUUGAAAUGCUCCACGCCAAGCGCAGCUAGAAUGAAGACUCACAAGUUCUGUGACUGUCUGUAUAUGUUAGUAUAUAGAAGCAUUAAGCUGUCUAAUAACAUUAGAUUAACCCUGGAAUUUGGGGAUUUGUUGUUUUUUUUUUUCACUACUACUACUACUACUACUACUACUGGUAGUAAGGUCUA